AGGGCAGAGCAGAGUCUGCAGUGUCCAGCUGUCUGUCCAUGAAGAGCGACCGGUCUAAACAUGAACCUCUAAACUUCAGUGCUGAACCUGGACCUUCAGAUACAAAAGGUUCCUGCCACAGAGCAGAGUCUGCAGUGUCCAGCUGUCUGUCCAUGAAGAGUGACCGGUCUAAACAUGAACCUCUAAACUUCAGAGCUGGACCUGGACCUUCAGAUACAAAAAGUUCCUGCCACAGAGCAGAGUCAGCAGUGUCCAGCUGUCUGUCCAUGAAGAGUGACCGGUCUAAACAUGAACCUCUAAACUUCAGUGCUGAACCUGGACCUUCAGACACAAAGAGUCGAGGUGAUGAGAAGGAGCAGCUGUCCUGCUGUGCUUUGUGUCAGGAGCUCCUGAGGGAUCCAGUCUCCACCAGCUAUCCUGCCUGUCCCCAGUGUGGAAAAAGAUCCAGAACAAGACCUGGACUGCAGACACCCAGUCAAACCAGCCCAGUGGACGGCGGUCUGCAGAAGGUUUUAGACGAGCAUAAGAUCAGUCUGAGGAGGAGAUGUGAAUUUGUGACAGAGGGAACUGCUGUAGCAGGAACUGGAACCCCCCUCAACAGGAUCUACACUGACCUCUACAUCACACAGGGACGGAGGGAAGAGGUUAAUACCCAACAUGAGGUGUGGCAGCUGGAGGCAACAUCCAAGAUGGAGACCCUCCAUGACACUCCAAUCAAGUGCCAGGACAUCUUUAAACCCUUACCUGGCCAAGACACACACAUCAGAGUAGUUGUGACGCAGGGCGUUGCUGGCAUUGGAAAAACCUUCUCAGUGCAGAAGUUCACUCUGGACUGGGCAGAGGGCUUGGAAAACCAACAUGUCAGUCUUGUGGUUCUGCUUUCGUUCCGGGAGCUGAACUUGAUCAAAGAUGAGCGCUACAGUCUUCUCCAGCUGCUCCGUGUUUUCCAUCCAACAUUACAGACGGUCACAGCAGAGAAGCUCGCCGUCUGUAAAGUCGUGUUCAUCUUUGACGGCCUGGAUGAAAGCAGGUUUUUAUUGGAUUUCCUGAACAAUGAGGUCGUGUCUGAUGUCACACAGACAUCAUCAGUAGACGUGCUGUUGACAAACCUCAUCAAGGGGAAUCUGCUUCCCUCGGCUCUCCUCUGGAUAACUUCCAGACCAGCGGCAGCCAAUCAGAUCCCUCCUACAUGUGUCGACAGGAUAACAGAAGUCCGAGGGUUCACUGACCUCCAGAAGGAGGAGUACUUCAGGAGGAGAUCCGGUGAUGAGAAGCUUUGCAGCAGAAUCAUCUCACACAUCAAGGCGUCCAGGAGCCUCCACAUCAUGUGCCACAUCCCAGUCUUCUGCUGGAUCACUGCUACAGUCCUGGAGCACAUGUUGACUACAGACCAGAGAGGAGAGCUGCCCAAGAGCCUGACUGACAUGUACUCACGCUUCCUGCUGGUUCAGACACAGAGGAAGAAGCACAAGUACGAUGACAGACAUGACAGGAGUCAGCAGGAGCUGAUGAAGACUGACAGGGAAGUUCUUCUGAAGCUGGGCAGGCUGGCGUUUGAACAUCUGGAGAAAGGCAACGUGAUGUUCUACCAAGAAGACCUGGAGGAGUGUGGUCUUGAUGUCAGAGAGGCCUCGGUGUACUCAGGAGUGUGCACAGAGAUCUUCAAAACCGAGUGUGUGCUCUUCCAGAGAAAAGUCUACUGCUUUGUUCAUCUGAGCAUUCAGGAGUUUCUCGCUGCAGUCUACAUCUUCCACUGCUACACCAAGAGGAACAUAAAGGUACUGGCCAGAGUCAUGAGGGGUGAAUGUGAUGACAGAAAGCCAUCGUUGGAUAUCUUCCUGAAGACAGUCAUGUCUAAAUCCCUGCAGAGCGAAAAUGGUCACCUGGACCUCUUUGUCCGUUUCCUUCAUGGCCUCUCACUGGAGUCCAACCAGAGGCUCUCAAGACGCCUGCUGGGUUGGACAGAGAGCAGAGCAGAAGACAUCCAGAGAGUCAUCAAAAAUCUGAAGGAGAUGAAUAUUGACAGUGUCUCUCCUGACAGAAGCAUCAACAUCUUCCACUGUUUGAUGGAGAUGAACGACCUCUCAGUACAUCAGGACAUCCAAAAGUUCCUGAAGUCAGGGAACAGAUCAGAGAAGAAACUCUCUGCGAUCCACUGCUCAGCUCUGGCCUACAUGCUGCAGAUGUCAGAGAAGGUUCUGAAUGAGUUGGACCUGAAGGCGUACAACACAACAGAUGAUGGACGACGGAGACUGAUCCCAGCUGUGAGGAACUGCAGGAAGGCUCGAUUGAGUGGCUGCAGGUUGUCAGAGAGCUGCUGUGCUUCUCUGGCGUCGGCUCUGAAGUCCAACCCCCAUCUGACAGAGCUGGACCUGAGUGAGAACCAGCUGCAGGAUUCAGGAGUGAAGCUGCUGUCUGCUGGACUGGAGAGUCCAAACUGCAGACUGAAGACUCUCAGAUUGAGUGGCUGCAGGUUGUCAGAGAGCAGCUGUGCUUCUCUGGCCUCGGCUCUGAAGUCCAACCCCCAUCUGACAGAGCUGGACCUGAGUGAGAACCCGCUGCAGGAUUCAGGAGUGAAGCUGCUGUCUGCUGGACUGGAGAGUCCAAACUGCAGACUGGAGACUCUCAGACUGAAGUACUGCAGCUUCACAGAGAGCAGCUGUGCUUCUCUGGCCUCAGCUCUGAAGUCCAACCUCCAUCUGACAGAGCUGGACCUGAGUGGGAACUGUUUGGAGGAUUCAGAAGUGGAGCUGCUGUCUGCUCUGUGUUUGCACGGUUGUAAUGACGCUCGCUGGUCGAAGCUGAGAGCAACACAUCACAGCGGUGGGUUGGAGGGCCGCGAACCAACCAGCGAGCAACACGCCGCACAAUACGCACUGUCAGGCCGCCGGGGUCUGCACGACUACUGCAAGCUGCCGCUGGGGUAA